CUUCAUUUCCGUUUCUCCCCUCACCAUUAGCGCUGGUCUCGUCGAGAAGAGAAUUUACCACUGGCCAUUUUUCCAACAUACUUUUAAAAAUAGUAGGUCUAUAGUAACGUUUAGGUAGAUAUGGAGGACUUCGAUAUGCUUAGUGCACCACAGUCGAAUGCCGGUAAUGGUGUUGGAUCUGAAGAGGAUCCAGCCGCUGCUUUCUUGGCCCAGCAAGAAAGUGAGAUCGCGGGGAUUGAGAACGAUGAAGGAUUCAGCAUCCUGGACAGCGGAGAAGUCCCUUCUUCUCUCAGCAAUAAUCUGACAGGGGAUCAGGAUGAUGCUGGUGGAGCCGUGAAUGGCGACGUACAUGAGGAGAGUAAUGGUCCGUCUGAUGCGUACGCAGCCAUUUCCAGUGCUGACCGCUUGCAGGCUGAGCCGGAGAGUCUACGCAAGUGGAGGGAGGAGCAGGGUGAACGUCUAGAGGUUUUGGACGCCAACUCUCGUACACAGGAGACGGAGUGGAAGGAGAAGGCCAAGGUGGAGCUGGAGGACUGGCACACACGGCAGGAGGAGCAGCUGGAAAAGACCAAAGUCAACAACAGGGUGCUGGAUGAAGAUUUCUACAAACAGCCCUUCUCUGAGCUCAUUGGUUAUGUCACACACAUUAACCAUCCUUGCUACCGCCUAGACCAGGCGGCGGAGGAGGCCAUGGUGUCUGACCUCGAUGAGAACAACCCAGGAACAGAGUGGGAGCGUGUGGCGCGCCUCUGUGACUUCAACCCCAAGUCAAGCAAGCAGGCCAAAGAUGUGUCCCGCAUGCGCUCCGUUCUCAUCUCUCUGAAGCAGUCACCCCUUGUCCGCUAGGCCUACUGGUAUAGCAGGGGAGAGAGAGAGAGAGAGAGAGAGAGAGAGAGGUGGGGGGGAUGGAAAAGGGAGAGGGGGUAAAGAAGAAGAAAGCAAACGCUACUGAUCCUUAACUACAGCAGGCACGAGGACAACACUACCAUUCCGCGGUUCACCAUUUCAAACCUCCUUGUGGCUGUGGUGUGUAAUGAUUUUCAACUCUAUUUCAAAUCACAUUGUUUCAAAGAGGAAAGUGUUGAGAAUUAUUUUUUGAAGGUUUUUGUUUAGUCUUCAAAGGACCAAACGUCAUUAUCAUGUGUGUUUGUUUUUUUGUUUUGUUUUCUCCUGCAUUCCCAUAGAACUGGCGUGUUUGCAUUGUGACUUAAAUCUAUGCAUUUCCCCAUGACCUCUCCAGGAAUUGGUUAAUAAACGUGAUCUGUGUAUGUGUCUGUAUACAUACAAUGUACUAUAUGUAUCCUCUGUGUGUGUAUCUUUGUACAUAAAGAAUACUGGCUCCAUGUAUACAUAAGUAUGAAGACAGAAAUAGAUAAUAGUGGUUGUAAAAGCAAAGAUAACCUAACUUGUUGCAUCACGUGUCAUCCUCUAUUUGAAUAUCAUUAAAGGUGUAUGGAACCUCA